AUGGACCGGGUACUCAAGAAUUUGAGAGUCCCAGAUGCUGAUCGCUCGGAGUUGGCGUCACAGAUGUUCCGGAAGGGAGCAUAUGAUUGGUGGAAGCGCAUUGACCAGGAUCCACACACGCCCAAGCCUUGGACCUGGGAUCGCUUUGAUCGAGCCUUCACGAAGGAGUACGUCCCCACCCGGUACCACGAGGAGAGGCGCGAUGAGUUCGUUGCGCUUAAGCAGGAGGGGAUGUCACUGCCUGAACUGAGACAGAAGUUCGACUACCUGUCCCAGUAUGCGACGAGUCUGGUCUCCACUCCGGAGGAUCGCUUGAAUGAGUUCGUCAAGAAGCUACGGCCGGACUUGAGGCCGUACGCCGCGCUGAUCAUGACGACAGAUUUUAAUGCGGCGUAUGAUUUGAUUGUGAAGACGGAAAAGAGCUUGGACGAUUUGCAGGCAACCAAGAAGGAGGAUCGAGCGACGAAAGACCCGCGACCCGCGGCCAGCACCGGGCCGAGCGGGAAGAGUUUUGGAUUCGGGGGAAAGAGGUACGAGAAGGGUUCUUCGAGUGUGCCGCCGCCUAAGAGGAGUAAGUCGAGGCCGUCUCCGUCGGCCGCCGCUAGCAACUCAUUCAGAACGAGGAGCCACCCGCAGUGUGUACAGUGUGGUAGGCAUCACCCGGGCGAGUGUUGGCUCGCCCAAGGCUUAUGUUUGGGUUGUGGUCAGCCAGGGCAUUUCAGGAGGCAUUGCCCGACAAACCCUAGCAGCGAGCCUGUUUUUCCUAGAGCUCCGGAUCAGCCUGCCACAUCGCAUCCAGCACGGAGUCAACAGUCUGCAGCAACAAAUAAUCAGCAGAGACCACGUCCGCAGCAGUCAGGCCGGGCACCAGCGCGUACCUACGCCAUGCAGGGGCGCACAGAUCCUAGUCCCGAUGUUAUCUUGGGUACGUUCAUACUAUUUGAUUCGGUUAUGCAUGCCUUGAUCGAUCCGGGUUCUACGCUCUCCUAUAUCUGUGUUGGCAUGCCUGCUAAUUCUGCGAU